AUGGCUGACGUGAAUUUUCACAGGGCGCCUGCUUACACGUUGGGCAUGCGGCUGCCACUAAAACAGACGUCACUUCGAGUGCCCGGUCCCAAGUACGACCUGAGCAACGUCACCCGUCGCGGACCGGUCAAAGUGAUCGGAGCUUCGCUAGCGUCCAAGCUAAGUAGUAUAAAAACGACACGCACUCCAGGUCCGGCCGCGUACAACACCGUGCCCUGUAUGUCUGUCACUAUGCCUACUAUGCCGCUGUGUUCCAUAGGGACCAGACGGGACUGCAUGAAAAAGUUCACCCGGACACCGGCGCCGAACGCUUACGCGUUGUUCACCACCGUCGGAAAUCGGACGCCGAACCUGCCGUCCGCGCCUAUGUACACGAUUUCGGGACGGUCUACUGAACCGGGACGUAGACGGGGAGUAGCGUGGUACUCGUCGCCGGGACCGGCGCGCUACUCAGCUGUGGCGCUCGACCGUGUCAAAAAACAGAUGCCCAGGCCCGUGAUGCUCGGCAGCGUCAACCGCGGGCAAACGCGUGGUCACCGCACGCCCGCGCCCAACGCUUACUUUCCCGCCCAGGGCCCGGCGUCCCGUUUCGCCAGCGCACCGCAAUUUUCUAUCAGCGGCCGCGCACCGGCUCGCGCCAAUCCGUAUUACACGGCUGCCGACAAGGUGCCAGACUGGGAAUGA